AUGGCACUUGAAAUUGAAGGCGAUGGCUUCUACUCUCUACUUGAAGCUCCUGUGCUUGCUCCAUCCAUGGCUAUGGAAUUGGACACUGAUGAGUCUUCUAUAAGCUCCCUCUUACAGCACCCUUCAGUUAUAGUGCUGAACAUUUGGGGAAAAGAAAGAACUGUCGGCACUGGAGCUAUAAAAAGGAACUAUGCUUGUACAAACCUAGCAAAUAACAUGCACAAUGAAAAGGUGUUAUCGAUUGCAACUUUUGAUGGAAAAGCAAUGUACAAGGAAAUCAUUAAAGCAACCCAAGGUUUUGAUGCUAUGUUUUGCAUUGGGAAGGGAGGACAAGUGAAUCUACCAUCAGGAAACAUAGUGGCAGUGAAGAAACUCCAACCCUUGGGUGAUGGUGAGAUCACACAACAAAAAGAGUUCUUCAAUGAGAUAAGGUACCUUGAAAAGGGAAGCUUGGUAGUAGUUUUGACCAAUGAUGAAGAAGCUAAAGAUUUGGAUUGGAAUAAGAGGGUGAAUAUCAUUGAAGGUGUGGCUCACGUUUUGUCUUACAUGCACCAUGAUUGCUCACCACCAAUUGUUCAUAGGGACAUAUCAAGCAAAACUAUUUUGUUGGACUCUCAAUAUGAGGCUCACGUAUUAGACUUUGGCAUAGCUAAGCUUCCUAGUCAAGACUCAUCCAAUUGGACUUCACUUGCAAGCACAUAUGGAUAUGUUGCACUAGAGCUUGCUUAUACAAUGAAGAUAACUGAGAAAUGUGAUGUUUAUAGUUUUGGAGUUUUGGCUAUAGAAGUGAUCAAAAGAAGACAUCCUGGUGAAAUGAUCCCCAUUCUAUCUGCUUCAAUUGUGGGGGAGAAUUUGUUUUUGAAAGAUUUGUUAGACAUGCACCUUCCACCUCCCACACUUCAGGUUCAGAGUCAGCUGAUAGUCAUCAUAAAGCUGGCAAUUGCAUGCUUGUAUUCUAAUCCAUAA